AUGGACGAGGGGCUUGGAGGGAUGGGCGAGGGGCUUGGAGGGAUGGACGAGGGGCUUGGAGGGAUGGGUGAGGGGCUUGGAGGGAUGGAUGAGGGGCUUGGAGGGAUGGGCGAGGGGCUUGGAGGGAUGGGCGAGGGGCUUGGAGGGAUGGACGAGGGGCUUGGAGGGAUGGGUGAGGGGCUUGGAGGGAUGGGCGAGGGGCUUGGAGGGAUGGGCGAGGGGCUUCGAGGGAUGGACGAGGGGCUUCGAGGGAUGGGCGAGGGGCUUCUAGGGAUGGGUGAGGGGCUUGGAGGGAUGGGCGAGGGGCUUGGAGGGAUGGGCGAGGGGCUUGGAGGGAUGGGCGAGGGGCUUCGAGGGAUGGGUGAUAUGUUGUUGGGUGUGGGGAGAGAAACCUUUUGA